AUGUGCGGAGGCGAGCUGCUGCACGCGCCGAAGGCAGCGACGCCUCUGCCGCGCUUUCUGUUUAACGCCGCCGUGCAGCCGCUGCUGCGCCGCAUCCGCCAGUGGGCGUUCCGCCCCUCCCACGCCGCCGCCGCCGCGUUCGCGGCGGCCGCAGCGGACAGCUUCGGCGAGCCCGGGCCGGGCGUCGAGGCCGCGGCGGGGGCGGCGGCUGCGGCGGCGCUGCCGCUGCGGACGGGCGCCGCGGCGGACGCGUUGGCCGGCGCCUGGGACAAGCUGCAGCGGGGGGCGCCGCCGUGCCCCGGCUUCCUGUCUCGCGCGCGGCGGGACCUGGAGGAAGCCGGCCGGCAGCUGCAGCUGCUGCAGCUGCUGGGCGGCGCGCCGGCGGCGCUCGCGCGGCGGCUGGGCGCGCUGGCGGACGCGGAGGCGCGGGAGCUCCGGCUUAUCCUAUCGAGCGGCCUGGGGCCGGGCAAGGACGCACCUAGAGCACAGAGGCCCGGCGCCGACACUGGCGGGCAUAGCGGUGGCCGCAGCGGGGAAGACGGCGGCAGCGACCAGCUGACCCUGCUGCUGCGCGGCGGUAGCGGCCGCGGCGGCGGCGGCGGCGGCUCUGACACCGGGGCGCCGCAGGGCGCAGAGAGCCUCGAUAUUGGGAUGAGCCUGGAGCUGCUCGGGCAGAUCGGGGAGGCGGUGGAGGAGUAUGGGCGGCUGCGGGCGCAGGAAGCGGAGCACUUGCUGGGCCUCAUGGGCCGGGAGAGGGGGGCGGCUGCAGCCGCGGAGCAUGCAGCCGUGGUGGCCAGGUGGCACGAAAAAGCGGCGCAGCAGGAGGCGGCCCGCGAGGCGCGGCUGCUCGAGGCAGCGGGGCGGCGAGCGCGGCGGGCGGAGCUGCUGCAGCAGCAGAGGCGCGCGGCGGACGAGCGGGCGCAGAGGCCGCGGGAGGCGCGACGCGCGGCGCUCGCGGAGGAGCGCGCCCUGCUCGCGGCAGACCUGCGGGCGGAGCGGCGGCGCGCGGAGGAGGAGCUGGCGCAGGAGCUGGCGCGCUGCAGCCCUGCGGCAGCGGGACGAUCACCGCCGGGCGCGCUUGCGGGGCCGGCGGCGGGCGCGGAGGCGGAGGCGGCGCUGGUUGGGGUGGUGGGCGAGGAGCAGGGUGCGGCGGCAGCUGGGUCCGAGCGGGCGGAGAGCCCGAUUAGUGUGGAUGAUGUCAUGCUUCAAGAGGCGCAGGAGGGGCAGGGCGACGGCGCAGGUGGUCUUGCAGCGUCGGACACAGGUGGCGAGGGCGGGGCGCGGCCAACGGCCGAUGCCGCGUCGCCGCCGCCGGAGGCCGCAGCGGCGGCUGGCGGCGCGCGGGCGAGACGCGGCGCUGCGGCGCAGUCUGACCCGGGGCAGCGCGCCGCGGGCAUUGUGGGCCCGCGGCCGACGUGGGGCGCCGUCAAGCAGCCGUUUGCUGCCGCCGGCGCCGCUGCUCGGGGCCAAGAGACCGUCGCAUCAAUUCUGGGCGGCGGCGGCAGCGCGGGAACAGCGGUGGCGCCGGCGCCGGUGCCAGCGCGCCGGGCUGGCGGCAUCGUCCGGCAGCGCAGCAGCUCCGCAGGCGGCUGGCCGCAGCUCGCUGCCCCGCCCUCAAGGUGGGGCGCGGCGCACAACCCGUUCCCUGCGGCGGGCCAGCUGUCUGCGGCGCAAAUUUCUGUCGCAACGGUGGCACAGCCAGCGCACGUCCGGCAGCAGCCGCAGCAACAGCAGGAGGCGCAGCCGGCUGGCAGCAUAGCCGUCGCGGGCGAGACGGCUUCUGCCGUCGCCUCCCUUGCCGCCAUCAACGCCGCCCGCAGCGGGGCCGUCAUGGCCGCAGCAGAGGGCCAAGAAGGUCCAGCGCCGGCGAGCGGCCGCUUGGUGGGCGGCCGCAGGCGGCCGCUCGGGGACGCGGCGCCCCUGCCGUUGGUGCUGGAGGUCGCCGUCACGGCGCCCCUGGCGGCGCAGGCGCGGCUCGUCACCGGCGCCUGCUGGCGGCUGCUGGUGUCCCACUGGGACCUGCCGGCCGCCAUCCGUUCCCUGGCGCACCUAUACUUCCAUGGAGCAGGCGACCUGGCCGACUUUCUAGCCGCAGGCGCCGAGGGGAUGCUCUCCGCGGGCCGCGCGCCGCCGCCGGCGGUCGCGCAGGCGGCGCUCGAGGCGGCGGUGCACCCCGACCGCCGCGUGCUGCCCGCAUCCUCGGCCGACGCCGGUGGCUUGGAAACGGACGCCGACGCCGCUGCAGUGCGCGGGCUGGAACUCGGGGACUCGCUCGUGCUGACCUGUCAAGUGCCCUGGCCGCUCUCCCUGGUGGUGGCCCCCAGCCACCUGGGGCAGUACGCGGACGUGUUCAGCGCCCUGCUGCGCGCACGCCGCGCGUCGCUGCGCCUGGACGCGCUCUGGCGGCGCCUCUGCACGCGCGGCAGCGAGGGCGAGGCGCUCAAUCUCGGCGGCGGCGGCGACGGCGCGGCCGCCGGCGCAGCGCGGGUGAAGCGGCUGCGGCGGUGGCUGCACCUCGCCGCGCACUGCGCGCGGAGCUGGCGGGCGUUUGCGCACGAGCAGCUGCUCUGUGGGACGUGCGAGGCGCUCGCGCGGCAGCUGGAGGCGGCGCCGAUGAGCGUGGCGGGGAUGCGUGCGGCGCACGCGGGCAUGCUCGCGCGGGCGCUGCGCGCGUGCCUGCUGCCGCCGGCGCCGAGGGAUUCGGAUGCGGCGGCGGCGGCGGAGGCGGAGCCGCCGUGGCUGGCGCCGCUCGCGGCAGAUGUCAAUGGCCUAGUGAGCUGCUGUUGGCGCCUGCAGGCCCUUGCCGCCGGGGCGCUCACGGCCGGCGAGGCGGACGGCGGCGGCUCGGUCGAGCCGGGCGGCGGAUGGCCGCAGGGCGGCGCGGCCGACGGCGGCGGCGACGGCGGCGGCGGCUGGGAGCGGGUCGAGGCGGUGGCGGCUGAGCUGGAGGCGCAGCUGGGGCGCGCGCGGGAGCGGCUGGGCGCGGCGGCGGCGUCGGAUCCCACUUGGCAGGGGCUGCUGGCCCGGCUGGGGUGA